GUUACCGCGCACUACGUGACUUUACGUCUUUCUCUCUUUUUCCAUUACCUCUACAUCUCCACCCAUGCCUUUUGAAUCUGUCCGAGGUCAGUCUUGAGUUGGGCGCUCGAAGUGUAGACGUGGAAACCCAGCACAGAGACCCGCCAGGACCACCUGGGCUCAGGUUAUGUGUGAGUUCUGGGACAAAGAGAAGACAGUCUCGAUGAUGGAAGCAGUAUCGUUUGAAGGGGACAACGACUUGUCCUAUGAGGACAAUGAGUCACCUCUACCAUCUCCAUUCACUUUGACGCCUGCGGGACACAAAGGCAGCUAUGACUUAGAGCAGAUAAGGCAGCAGGAAGAGGAGCAGCAUCAGACCUUCACCUUCUCUAGAGAUUUAGAAGCUGCCCGAAAUACUAACACCAAUGCCAUCAAGAGAGGAGAUGCAGAGGCAUACGUGGAGUUAAAUGAGCUUCGUGGGGAGGUGUGGCAGGAAAUGGGACGCUGGCUGGGUUAUGAGGAGAACUUAAGCCCUGCCACAGGACAGUGGAGUCAACCCCACAUUUCCUAUCUCACCUUCAAAAGCCUCAUUCAACUCCGCAAGGUCAUGAGCACAGGGGCGGUGCUGCUGGAUGUUGAUGAGAGCAGCUUAUCAAGCGUUUGUCAAAAGAUGGUGGAACAACUUCUGCUCAAAAAAGAGAUCCGGCCCACUGACCGUGACGCUCUUGUGACCAUACUGCAACGCAAACGCAGUCAACUAGAGCCCACUGUAGCCCCUGGUUCAGCAGACAUAGAGCUGCAAACAUUCUCUAUCACCAAACAGCGAGACAUGGUUGAUCGUGUGGAGGCCUCUGUGGUUUUAUCAGGUGUGGUGGAGAACCUCCAGAAACCAGUGGUGGCGUUUGCACGACUACGGGAUUCAGUGGUGAUGGAAGGGGUUCUGGAAGCUUCAGUUCCAGUUCGUUUUGUCUUCUUCCUCAUGGGCCCCAGUCACAGUGGAAUGGACUAUCAUGAGAGUGGCCGGGCCAUGGCGUCGCUGAUGGCUGACUGGGUGUUUACUCUGGAGGCUUACCUAGCUACAAAUGAUAGGGAUCUUACCAAAGCCAUGGCAGACUUCAUGGACUGCAGCAUUGUGAUCCCACCCACAGAAAUCCAGGAUGAGAGCAUGCUGAAACCAAUCAUCAACUUCCAGAAGAAGAUGCUGCGUGAAAGAGUCCGCCCUUAUGAUACCCGAAUCAUGGUUGGGGGCAAAGCCCCAACUGGACCUGAGAAGCCACGGGAGGAUCCGCUGGCCCGUACCGGCUAUCCGUUUGGCGGUAUGGUCAAAGACAUAAAACGCCGCUACAAGCAUUACCUUAGCGACUUUACCGAUGCACUGGACCCUCAGGUGCUGUCUGCUGUCAUCUUCAUCUACUUCGCUGCCCUUUCACCUGCCAUUACCUUCGGAGGACUUCUUGCGGACAAGACGGAGCACAUGAUGGGGGUCUCUGAGAUGAUGGUCUCUACCUGUGUGCAGGGUAUCAUCUUUUGCCUGUUUGCAGCUCAACCAGUACUUAUCAUUGGGUUUACCGGUCCGCUGAUGGUGUUUGAGGAGGCGUUCUUUCAGUUCUGCAAGGCUUAUGGCUAUGAGUACAUCGUGGGCCGUGUCUGGGUGGGCAUGUGGUUGAUCAUCAUUGUGCUGGUGAUUGUGGCAGUGGAAGGGAGCUUCCUUGUCCGUUUCAUCUCCCGCUUCACCCAAGAGAUCUUCUCCAUCUUGAUCUCUCUCAUUUUCAUCUACGAGACCUUUGCCAAGCUUAUCAGGAUUUUCCAAGCGCAUCCUUUGAUUUUGAACUACGAACACUUGAACGCCUCCCUGGAAGACCCCUUCCACCCUGUCAAAAGGCUUGUCAACGUCUCGCAACAUGGCAAUAUUACUGAACGUCAUGAGAUAGUAGAGAGAGCCUAUCCCAACACUGCCCUGCUGUCCAUGUGUCUUAUGUUUGGCUGUUUCUUCAUUGCAUUGUAUCUCCGUGGGUUUAAAACUAGCACCUUCCUUCCUGGCCCUAUCCGUCGAAUGAUUGGAGAUUUUGGUGUACCAAUCGCCAUCUUCUUCAUGAUUGCUGUGGAUAUCAGCAUCAGCGAUGCCUACACACAGAAACUGGUGGUGCCUAAGGGGCUGACCGUGUCUAACACAUCUGCUAGAGGCUGGUUCAUCAGCCCACUUGGUGAGAAGAAGCCCUUCCCUAUCUGGAUGAUGUUUGCCUGUGUUGUUCCUGCCCUGUUGGUCUUCAUCCUUAUUUUCCUUGAGUCCCAGAUCACUACGCUGAUUGUGAGUAAGCCUGAGAGAAAAAUGGUCAAGGGCUCUGGUUUCCAUCUGGACCUCCUUCUUUUAGUGUUCUUGGGAGGAGCUGCCUCUAUCUUUGGUGUUCCCUGGCUCAGUGCUGCUACAGUGAGAUCUGUCACCCAUGCCAAUGCCCUGACCGUCAUGACCAAAGGCCCUAAACCUCAGAUUGAACGCGUGUUAGAGCAAAGAGUCAGUGGUAUUUUGGUGGCCGUAAUGGUUGGGGUCUCAAUUCUCAUGGAGCCCAUCCUGAAGAUGAUACCUAUGACGGCUCUGUUUGGGAUCUUUCUCUAUAUGGGUAUCACUUCUCUGAGUGGCAUCCAGCUUUGGGACCGUAUGCUUCUGCUUAUUACACCGAAAAAGCAUCACCCAACUGUUCCAUUUGUCACCCGUGUGCCCACUAUGCGGAUGCACUUGUACACUUUGAUCCAAGUGAUAUGUUUGGUGAUUCUGUGGGCAGUAAAAUCUAGUUCGUUUUCACUUGCCCUACCCUUCGUCCUGAUCCUCACCAUCCCUCUGAGAAUGUUCAUGACUGGUCACGUCUUCACCAUCACGGAAAUGAAAUGUCUGGAUGCCGAUGAUGCAAACGUGAAAUUUGAUGAUGAGGAUGACUAAAAUAAUCCCAAAACACCCCUGGACAUCUUUCUUGAUUCUUGAUUCCUGAUUCCAAGCCACUAUGAAUUCAUCUUACUGUGUGCAUUACAUCUUCUGCUUAUAUAUUUUUUAACUGUUGUACAUUCAGAUCUUAGCUUAACCAAUCAAUGUGUCGUUAUAUCAUUUAUAUCAAGUUUUAGAAUGCAACGAAUGCACACCUAAAAUUCAUAAACUGUUCAUAUACAUUCCAUAGUUGUUUAUCACAGUCUUUUCUUACUUUUAUUUACUUUUUCAUUUGUGUGUUUGUGUGCCUGAUUUUUUAUUUUUUAUUCUUAUUUGGGAUUUAUACAUCCUGGUGUUUAUUUAUUUUAUGUAUUCAGGGUUUCGUGCAAGAAAUCUCAUGUCAGUGUGAAGCAUGUCAACUGCACACCAGCUUGAAUGUAAAUCCUGUCCUGUUUUAACAGGUGAUGCCUAUGCAAAAUGUGCCUUUAUAUUUCUUACUAGACUUUCAAUGUUUCAGGGACACCAUACCUGUAAAUAUUAUAGGCUUACAAAUACAGAAUGUUAGCGUAGGUUACUAUUGCAAAGAUUUGAUACUUUAGAGUAUAAAUGAAUAUUUGGUUUUAUGUAUGCUUGGUCUGUUAUGGUGUGUGACUUUGUUUAAUGAUUAAAAUUCUUUAAAACAUCUACAAUAA